AGAGGGCUUGGUGUGUAUUAUUCUAGGCCUGGUGUUUUGAGCUAGAUGGUGCUACAUUAAACUGCAUUUCUCCAAUAGCAUACAGAAUCUCAUGUCUAAUUAACGGACAUGAUGAGCUGUGUGCAGAUUUUGGUGUUUUCCAUCUUUGCAGUUCUGCAGGUUUCUUUGGUGUGGGCACAACAAAAUGUUGUUUUAGGAACCUGUGAACACAAUGGCCAGAUGCAUGCUGACAAAGAUGUUUGGAAACCAGAGGCCUGUCAGAUCUGCGUGUGUGACACUGGGAUAGUCACAUGUGAUGAAAUAUUCUGUGACGAAAUAGGAGAUUGUGAAAAUUCUGAAAUUCCUUUUGGAGAAUGCUGUCCCAUUUGUAUAAAUAAUCCCACACCAGGCCCUCCCACCAGAAAUGGAGAAAAGGGACAAAAGGGUGAAAGGGGAUUACCUGGAAUUCCUGGAAUUAAUGGUGAACCUGGCAUUCCUGGCCGUCCUGGACCACCAGGAGUUUGUCAAAACUGCGGAAUUCCUGGUGAACCUCAAUAUAAACCUGGAAGUGGAAAAGAUGGUGGAACUAGUUAUGGACUUCCUGGCCCUCCUGGUCCCCCUGGUCCACCUGGUGCAGCUGGGAGACCUGGUUCACCAGGACAUCCUGGACACCAAGGACACCCAGGGGAAGCUGGAACUCAGGGUUCACCUGGAUCACGUGGACCUUCUGGGGAGAGGGGACUGAAUGGCUUACCUGGUAAAGAUGGUGAAUCUGGAAGACCUGGUAGGCCAGGGGAUCGUGGACCUCCUGGACCACCGGGGAUAAUGGGACCAGCUGGCUUGCCCGGUUUCCCAGGAAUGAAAGGCCACAGAGGGUUUAAUGGGAGAGAUGGAGCCAAGGGAGAUUCAGGUCUACCAGGCCAAAAGGGUGAAGAUGGUAGUCCUGGAAGUAAUGGCUUACCAGGAGGGAUGGGCCCAAGAGGACCUUCAGGAGAGAGGGGGCGCCCUGGGAUUCCAGGAACACCGGGUGCACGUGGAAAUGAUGGAUUGCCUGGAAAAUCAGGAUCCCCUGGCAAUCAAGGUCCUCCUGGCCCAUCCGGAUUUCCUGGGACCCCAGGUCUUAAGGGUGAAACUGGUGCUCCUGGUAGUCGUGGAAAAGAUGGCAACCCUGGUGGAAAAGGAGAUCCUGGAACUCAGGGUCCUGCUGGCACUCCUGGUUCUCCUGGUAAUCCAGGAAAUCCUGGGGCGCCUGGUCUUAAAGGCAGCAUGGGCCUUCCUGGUAUACCUGGAGGUCCUGGGUUACAGGGACCCAUUGGUCAGCCAGGCUCACCUGGUUCAAAUGGCUUACCUGGACAAAGAGGAGCUCCGGGCGAGUCUGGAAAACCAGGUGAAAAAGGUGAACCUGGUGCUCAAGGUCGUUCUGGUGAUCCUGGUCCUCAGGGUCCACCUGGGCAAUCUGGUCACAAUGGUGAGAAAGGCCCACCUGGGCCACAGGGAGUCAAUGGUCAGCCUGGAGAGCCUGGCGCAAGGGGUCUCCCUGGCCUGCGAGGACCAUCUGGUGCAAAUGGUAUUCCUGGAGAAAAGGGUGGUCCUGGUGAGCGUGGUCAAAUAGGCUUACCAGGUCCAAAGGGUAACCCAGGUGAUCAAGGCGCCGCCGGGCUACCUGGUCAGCCUGGAAUGAGAGGCAUGCCAGGAUCGCCAGGAAAUCCUGGUGCGGAUGGCAAACCUGGACCACAGGGAGGCCCUGGUGAGCAAGGAAGACCAGGAAAUUCUGGGCCUCCAGGCCCUAGAGGCCCCCCAGGAGUCAUGGGAUUCCCUGGUCCACGGGGUAGUGAUGGUCCUUCUGGUAAGGAUGGUGAAAGGGGCCCUUCAGGACCAGCUGGUCCACCUGGUGAAUCUGGAAAAUCAGGUGAACCUGGUCAAGCAGGAUUACCUGGUCCAGCUGGACCUCCAGGUGAAAUAGGACCAACAGGCCCUGCAGGAUCCCCAGGCUUCCAGGGUCUACCUGGGAACCCAGGCCCUCCUGGAGAAAGUGGAAAGCCAGGUGAACAGGGAACAAAUGGACAAGAUGGUAAUCCUGGAGGGCCAGGUCCUAAGGGUGAACAAGGUCUGCCAGGAGAGAGAGGUGGACAAGGCCCACCGGGACUUCGAGGUGAGAGAGGACCUCCAGGUCAAACAGGCCCAGAAGGUCAGAAGGGUCCUCAAGGGCCUCUGGGUCCCCCUGGUGCCAGUGGAUUAAGUGGAAUUCAAGGGAUGCCAGGUGAAAGAGGAAUGCCAGGCCUGGCAGGAUUAAAAGGCGAAAAGGGUGACAUGGGACCAAGGGGUUCUGAUGGAGGUCCUGGAAAGGACGGUACCAAAGGUCCAAUUGGUCCUAUAGGCUCUCCUGGCCCAAAAGGACCUCCAGGUGAUAGAGGUGAGCCUGGUUCUCCUGGAGGCCCUGGUCUUCCUGGAGGUCGAGGUGGUCCUGGAGAACGAGGAGAAACUGGCCCUCAAGGUAGUCCUGGAUUCCCUGGACCCCCUGGUCACAACGGGGAGCCUGGUUUAAAAGGAGAAAAAGGGUCACCAGGGGAUAGAGGUGAAGCUGGUCCUCCAGGACCAGCAGGACUUCCUGGAUCAGCAGGACAACCGGGUGGAAUGGGUCCCGCAGGGCCGAAAGGAAGCAGUGGUCCACCUGGUAAUCAGGGUGCCCAGGGUCUCAUGGGACCACCAGGUGUUCCUGGUCCUCCUGGACAGAAUGGUAGUCCUGGUUUCCGGGGUCCCCCGGGAAUAGAUGGUAAAAUCGGCCCUGUUGGUCCUGCUGGAAAAACUGGCUCCGCAGGUAACCCAGGUGAACCGGGAUCUAAAGGUGCUCCCGGCCCCCCAGGAGAGAGAGGGCCUCCAGGAGAAAAUGGAAAGCCAGGUGAACGAGGAGAUUCUGGGCCAAUAGGAAUUCCUGGUUCAAGAGGAUUAGUUGGUUUGCAAGGUCCAUCGGGAUCACCAGGUGCACAAGGACUGCCAGGCCCACAGGGAUCACCAGGAAAAGAUGGAUUCCCAGGUGCCACGGGUGAAAGAGGCCUUAAUGGAGCACCAGGCAUUGCUGGAGCCAAUGGCUUGCCAGGGGAGCCAGGCAAAGAUGGUAUACCUGGCACUGAUGGAAUUCCUGGACGAGAUGGCAGUCCUGGUCCUAAGGGAGAUACUGGUAAAGAUGGUCACCCAGGAAAUAACGGCCCUCCAGGACUUCCAGGGCCCCAGGGACCUCCUGGAGAAUCUGGGAAAAAUGGUGAAAGAGGACAACCUGGAUAUACUGGUCCAGCUGGAUCACCCGGGCCGGCUGGUGUUCCAGGACGUCCUGGUGUUCCAGGCACCCGUGGAGACAAGGGAGAGGCUGGUACACCUGGUGAAAAAGGAAUUAAAGGUCACAGAGGAUUCCCUGGAAACCCUGGUAUUCCAGGUCCCCCUGGUGGACCUGGGGAACCUGGCCCUUCUGGUACGUCUGGACCUAUGGGUCCUAAAGGCCCUCCUGGUCCUAGUGGCUCUCCUGGAAAAGAUGGUCAUAGUGGAUAUCCAGGUCCAAUUGGACCCCCUGGGCCAAGAGGUCAAACUGGUGAACCUGGGUCUGCGGGCAACUCUGGUUUGCCUGGGGCACAAGGUCUUCCUGGUCCCCCUGGCCCUCCAGGCCCCUGCUGUAGUGAUCCAAACAUACCAGGUCCCUACAAAGGAGAAUCUUGGCCGCCUUACUUCAUCGGUGACCAGGCUGCUGAAGGAAUUGGUAGUGUAGCAGAGAUUGCUGCUACAUUGAAAUCCAUCAACACACAAAUUGAAAAUAUCAUAACUCCAGAUGGAUCAAGAAAGAAUCCAGCACGCAACUGCAGAGAUUUAGCAUUUUGCCAUCCAGAAUUUAAAAGCGGAGAAUACUGGAUUGAUCCUAACCAAGGCUGCAAAAUCGAUGCUAUUAAGGUAUACUGCAAUAUGGAAACUGGUGAGACUUGUGUAAACGCCACUACAGAUAAAGUACCUCGGAGAAACUGGUGGAACAGUCCUGUGCCUUUGAAAAAGCCAGUUUGGUUUGGAGAGUCCAUGGAAGGGGGAUUCCAGUUCAAUUAUGGUGUAGCUGAUCUUGCAGAAGGAGUUUCUGAGGUUCAGUUGGCUUUCCUUCGCAUUCUGUCAACCUCAGCCUCUCAGGAAAUUACAUACCACUGUAAGAACAGCAUUGCAUAUAUGGACGCCGAGGCAGCCAAUGUGAAGAAGGCCCUGAAAUUUUUAAGUUCUGCUGAUGCUGAAAUAAAGGCAGAGGGCAGUAGCAGAGUGACAUACACUGUUCAAGAGGAUGGCUGCACUAGACACACUGGGGAAUGGGGUAAGACCAUCUUUAAGUACAAAACUCGCAAAACAAUUCAUCUUCCUCUUGUGGAUAUUGCACCAAUGGAUAUUGGUAACACAGACCAGGAAUUUGGAGUUGACAUUGGACCUGUUUGUUUCUUGUAAAUUAAUAUUGAUCUUUUCAUCAGGACAUAACAAAUAUAAUUGUACUUGCUGUUCUUUAUUCUGUGCCUGUUUCUUGAUUCUUGACAUGCAAUCCAGAUGGCCUCUUAACAACUUCAACAUGUUGUGAAAUAAGCAAAAUAAUCAAAUUGUCCAUUUCAUGCGAAUAUACAGUAUCUAUUAAUAAAUACCUUUACUUGUUUUAAGCAUUAAGCAAGUGGUGCUAAAUCCAUUAAAAAAACAAAGUGAUUCCAUGUUUUAUCAAACAACAGAGGACUUUGAGUAAGACCAAAAAUUCCCCCUGCAUUCGUCAAGUUAGAAGGCUGAUUAAAUUCAGCAUCAAACCUUCUCCAUUUUUUCUUACCAAGAUACAGCAAACAAAAACUUCACCCUCCUUAACUUUAUCAAGGAUAGAAACUGAGAUGCAUUUGGUUUGAAAGAAAGCUAAAACAAAUGUAACAACUUUGUCAAAAAGAGUAUACAUACCUUGCUGUUCUAGAUAAGAAUGUAAUUCAAAAACAGGUAUAAACAAUAGAAAUUGAUGUGCCCAUAAGUCAAUCCAUCUGCCUUCCAUUUACUGUAAGUACAAUUGUAGUUCAUGUAACAGCCAGUUAAAACCACUUGAAAAUAGAAAUUAAAAUGUAUUCUACAAUGGUGCUAAAAUGGUUUCAACCUUGACAACGUGAAGCUUAUAUUACAAAAUACAUAAAAAUGUAUCUCUAUAUAACAUACAGUACCUGUGCUGGGAGUCAUCAUCACUUAUUUACUGUCAUUUUUCACACUGUAUAGCUCAUGUUGCUGUUGUCUUUUGACAAAUUUAAUGGUUGUGUCUGGUGAUUGGGAUUUUCUUGGCAAAAUGCAUGUGAGUAAAUCUGCAUCUUUUCAAAACCUGAAAUACAUCUUUUUGGAAUGUUUAGUAUCCUCUGAUAUGUGGACUAAAAUGUUGAAUAAAGUUCUGAUUUUGUACAA